GGUUAGCGCGGGGCGGCAGUGCGGGGCGGUGGGGUUUGCGGCCGCGAUGUCACCUCCGUCGGGCGACGCAGGCCCGGGGCCGCCGCGGACGCUGUCCCUCGCCGCGCGGCUGAGCUUCGCGGUCGGCCACUUCCUCAACGACCUGUGCGCCGGCAUGUGGUUCACCUACCUGCUACUAUUCCUGCACUCCGUGCGCGGGUACAGCUCGCGGGGCGCGGGGCUGCUGCUGCUGCUCGGCCAGGUGGCCGACGGGCUCUGCACGCCGCUCGUGGGCUACGAGGCCGACCGCGCCUCCUGCGCGCGCUGUGGGCCCCGCAAGGCCUGGCACCUAGCGGGCACUGUCUGUGUCCUGCUCUCCUUCCCAUUCAUCUUCAGCCCAUGCCUGGGCUGUGGGGAAGCCACGCCUGAAUGGGCUGCCUUGCUGUACUACGGGCCCUUCAUCGUCGUCUUCCAGUUUGGCUGGGCUGCCACGCAGAUUGCCCACCUGAGCCUCAUCCCAGAGCUGGUGACCAGUGACCACGAGAAGGUGGAGCUCACGGCCCUCAGGUAUGCGUUCACUGUGGUAGCUAACAUCACCGUGUACGGCGCAGCCUGGCUGCUACUGCACUUGCAGGGCUCUGCGCAUGGCAAGCAGGACAUCAGUGUGGGUGACCAGCUAGGAGUCCAGGAUGUGCCCGUGUUCCGGAACCUGGCCCUGCUGGUGGUGGGUGUGGGAGCCAUCUUCUCUCUGCUCUUCCACUUGGGUACCAAGGAGGGCCACAGGCCCCAGCACCGUGGGAUCGAACCCAAUGAGCACACCCCCCUGGUAGCCCCUGCGGCCCAGCCACUGCUGCUGUGGAAACACUGGCUUCGGGAGCCAGCUUUUUAUCAGGUAGGCAUGCUGUACAUGACCACAAGGCUCAUUGUGAACCUGUCUCAGACCUACAUUGCCAUGUACCUGACCUAUUCUCUCAGCUUGCCCAAGAAGUUCAUCGCCACCAUCCCUCUGGUGAUGUACUUGAGUGGCUUCUUCUCUUCCUUCCUCAUGAAGCCAGUCAACCGGCGCAUAGGGAGGAAUAUGACCUACUUCACCGGGCUGCUGGUGAUCCUGGCCUUCGCAGCUUGGGUGGCCCUGGCAGAUAAUCUGGGUGUGGCUGUGUACGGGGCUGCAGUGCUGCUAGGUGCAGGCUGUGCCACCAUCCUUGUCACCUCCCUAGCCAUGACAGCUGACCUCAUUGGCCCACACACGCACAGUGGAGCCUUCGUGUAUGGUGCUAUGAGCUUUUCGGAUAAGGUGGCCAACGGGCUGGCAGUCAUGGCUGUGCAGAGCCUGCAUCCCUGUCCCUCUGAGCUGUGCUGUGGGGCCUGCGUCAGCUUCUACCACUGGGUCAUGACAGCAGUGACAGGCGGCGUGGGUGUGGCCGCGGCUCUGGCUCUCUGCAGCCUCUUCAUCUGGCCCAUCCGCAUUCGAAACCGGGACCCGCGAGACCGGCCCUGACCUCUGGCUCCCCAGCGCGACGUUAUGAAGGACCAGGCAGACACCCUGACCCCCUCGACCCCCAACCUGCUCAGGGUCAGAGGGCACGGUGUGCGGGUGGGUGUACCGGCCAAGCUUGCUGAGCACUAGGGGCCCGUUGGUGCCUCGCCCCACUUUUGACAGGGAUGCACCAGCCCACCGGGAGGCUGUAGGGGACACAUGCCCGGGCUGCACGUGGGAGAGAUCACCUGGCUCACGGGGACACGGACACACGGGUCAGUAGCACGGCUUUAUCAGAGCGCGGGUGUGAAAGCCGGAGGCGGCUGGCCGGUGGCUGGGUAGGGCCGCUGCAGGUCCCGCUGUCUGAAGUCCUGCGCGGUGAAGCGCGGCCGCUGCGGCGGCGACAGGAGCGGCACAUAGUCGGACUGCCAGGGCAGCUUUGCCCCGAACUGGUUCCUGGUGACCACUGCGGACAGGACGGGACGAGCUCUGCAGCUGCGGGGGCCAGGGAGCUCCCAAAUCCUUAUGCUGACCGAGCCCACCAGGCCAUGCCCAUCCUGCGCUCCCGCACCUCUGCCCAUUGCUGGCCUAGCUCUCCUUAUUUUUCCGGGUUAUUUUUUGUUGUUGUUAUUUGUUUUCUUUUUUACACUAGCUAGCCCAGGCAGCCUCCGGGACCAAGAGAUCCCUCUGUCUCUGCCUCCGAGAGUGGAGUGACCCACGUGCAGUACUACCCCCGGCCCCAUCCUGUCCACAUCCCCUCAGCUCACCGAACUCCUUGCCACGGAUUUGCCUGUCCCUCCACUGCACGCACCCCCAGCGCGGGUCUGAGUUGAGAUACUGCGCGGGUAUCGCAGGGUCCCAGAAGGCCAUCUCCCGCAAGUGCUGUGUGUAGGCUGCGGGGAGGCACGGAAGGGAGGGUGUCAGCGUGAGACCCACGGGUGUGCACGACCGGAGGUGGGACACUCACCGGGCGGCAGGCCACGCUGGCGACUCUGGAAGCAGCCGUGCCAACGCGUGUGGGCCUCGCGGUACGGAGUGUCAAGUGCGCGGGGCAGCUUGUACCAGGCAUCACCAGGUUCCGAGUUGGUCAGGCCGGUGAACCAUACCUGGCCCGCCGCAUCCCGUCCCAUGGGCGUGAACUUCCAGCGCACCGCUUGCUUGAUGGCCGGCGCCCAACGGGGCCCCUCCAGGGACACGUAGUCAUUGCUGAGGGAGGGUGGGGACUGAGCCAGGACGUCCUGCUGGUCCCUGCCAGUUUUCCUGUCCCAAGGGAGUAUCUGACUCUUUGCCAAGGUGCUAGGAGGUGAGAGUCAUCCCCUUCUACCCAUCUCUGUGCACUUCCCCACCUGCAGUCUUUAUUUCAUGUAGCUGAGAAUGGCCCUGUUUGAGGCAGUUGUCAGUGUUGACCUGGCAGCAAUCCUCCUGCCUCAGCCUUGAGCCACUUAUGGCUGAUGGGGGAAGGAGGGACCAAGGGUGUGCCUAGCCUGUAACUCCUCACAGAUGGUGCAUGCACGGGAGGCCAUGCAGGCUGCAGGAGUGGCGCUUGCAAGGGCCCCACGUGAGGCGGCCUGUCAGCACCACGGAAGGCCCAGGUGUGAGCAGGCCUAUGAAAUGGGACUUUUUCUGUUGGGUGUGGGUGGCAACACUAAGCGUGCCAAGUCAGGAGGAUCAAUGUGGGUUUAUAAACAGCUCGGGAUACACACAGAAUCUAAAAGGGGAGGGCACCAGGCACAUGGCUGCCACUGCAGCACCUGUAGACAGGAGAAUCAAUAGACCCCUCUGCUUGGGAGUGGGUGUAUACAAAUGCCUAACUCACAACCCUUGCACACCUCCAUCCCAGCCACCUGGGCUGCUGGUAGAGGUAGGGGAUCUGGGGUCUGGGUGAAGAAAGGGACCAAGUGCAGGAACCCACCGGUAGAGAUGGUCGGGGAAGUAGAGUUCAAGGGUGCCUGAGGGAACAGAGGGCCGAGUAGCCUCCCGCCUCACGUUUUCCAUGUCUGGCCCUGCCUGUCCAGCGGCUCUAGUCACCAAGGCCCUGGGGCUAUUGUUGACAGGGACAAAGGUAUCCCAGCAACAGGGAAGUGGGCAGCCACAGUCUUAGACCUCAGCUUACUUCCUGGUGUGGGGCUGGGACCCAAAGUGUUCCCUCCCUCCCUCCCUGCCCCACAGCGGGAGGUCAUGCCCUCUAGAGCCUAGGACUCCACCCCAUCUCUGUCCUCAAGACACAUCCAAGUAAGGGCACAAUGACAAAGGCCACAAAGUAUGGGCUCUAAGACAGGGCCCAUGACCUAUAGAGGUCCACAGAAGGAAGUGGAUACCUAAGUCUUGGGUUGGGGAGAAGGCUCUGGGAUCACUGUGGCAUCACUGAAGAUGCAGAGCCCAGGGCCUGCUUGUUCUGCUAGUGCAUCCUGUGUAUCUUAUGUCAAUAAAGAGCAACAACCAAUCUCA